UCAGAGCAUACUUUUCUCCUUAGGUCAGGCUACACAUAAUGUGUAUGUUUCUUGUAGGAGCAAACCGCAACAGACCAGGUCACCGCUGCCGAGGAGGGACCACAGGAACCUGCCCAGCCACUGGCCGUGCAGUUCAUUCUGCAGGCUCCAAUGGAGCAAGGUUUCGAGGACCAAACUGCAACAGACCAGGUCACCGCUGCCGAGGAGGGACCACAGGAACCUGCCCAGCCACUGGCCGUGCAGUUCAUUCUGCAGGCUCCAAUGGAGCAAGGUUUCGAGACACCAGGGACAAGCCGUGUCUUCGUGCCUCAACCCUCAACAAGUCACUAAAUUCCAUUGGUAAGAAACUUGGGAUGAUCAAAAAUGUUUCAGAGACACCAGGGACAAGCCGUGUCUUUGUGCCUCAACCCUCAACAAGUCACGAAAUCCCAGUAACACCAGGGACAAGCCGUGUCUUCGUGCCUCAACCCUCAACAAGUCACGAAAUCCCAGUGACACCAGGGACAAGCCGUGUCUUCGUGCCUCAACCCUCAACAAGUCACGAAAUCCCAGUGACACCAGGGACAAGCCGUGUCUUCGUGCCUCAACCCUCAACAAGUUACGAAAUCCCAGUGACACCAGGGACAAGCCGUGUCUUCGUGCCUCAACCCUCAACAAGUCACGAAAUCCCAGUGACACCAGGGACAAGCCGUGUCUUCGUGCCUCAACCCUCAACAAGUCACGAAAUCCCAGUGACACCAGGGACAAGCCGUGUCUUCGUGCCUCAACCCUCAACAAGUCACGAAAUCCCAGUUGUAAGAAACUUGGGAUGCUCAAAAAUGUUUCAGAGACACCAGGGACAAGCCGUGUCUUCGUGCCUCAACCCUCAACAAGUUACGAAAUCCCUGUGGUAA